AUGGAAAAUUUUGACAAGCAUGAUGAAUUAUGCUGGUCCCGAUGGGAAGUAAAAAAAGUGGAUUUAAUAUUUGUAUAUAUCAAUUUUCUAGCCCAAAAUCUAACAACAAACUUUAGUAUUGGGCUUGGAGAUGAUCAAGCUAACUGGGCGGAAAUGUGGAAAGUAAUCUCAAAGUCGAGCGAUGGUCGAGAAGGUGUCGCUGACAGUAGUCGGCCAUCUUUGUUUGAUAUCAUCCUGAGAGCCAAUGCUCAAGCACGACGUAAGUUUUAUUUAUGGUUGUUCUUAUACCAUACGUUACCGCCCCGUUUUCAAACGUAGUUUUCAUAUUUUUGCCACAAAACUACAGUACUUACACUAUGAUUAUAGUCCUGUGGCUCAGAUACAGGCCAGAUGUUUAUUAAAAAAAAGCUAAUCCAACAGUGAUGUGCUUUUGUGCGUUCAAUAUUGCGUGUAUAGAUUAAUUUCUUAAUCUAUAAUUAGUAAAUAUAGGCUUUAGCUUUUGAAUCACACCUUUUUUGUGUUAUUCCAAGCAGAAGUAAGCAUUACAAUUAAACCGAUUAAUUGCCGGUCGAAAUCGCAUUUUCUUAAAGAUGCUGUAAAGUCCGUUCUGCGCAUAUAUUCUGCGCAUCAACACAUCCAUCAGUGGGGGAGCAAACACCGCGGAAAAACGUCUGCGCAUGCGUCCACCUUACCUGUAAUAGUAUUGCGAACUUGAUGAGAAGCUGUUCCGAACGUUUCCGAAGGCUCAAAAUGGCGGUAAAAAGGAGUGACUUCAUUGUGCGUCUUUACAGCCAGAUUUCGAGCGCAAAAAUAAACAUGUCAUUCUAAAAACUAGGAAUAAAUACAGCCAGAAGGUUCAAGAAAUUGUAUUGUACAAGAACAUGAACUAAAGGUGAUUGUUGACAAAUUUAUAUAUCGUCUGAAACAUUUUGUUUAUCAACUAAGCAACGACCAUUACCGAAUUUUCGUUUGAGAUACAUUUCUUUAAAAAAAACUGUGUCGCCAAAUAUAAAAAAUUUUCGUGUUCACAAUAAUUAAACUUUAGGAUUUAUUCUACAAUUUACGUGGGUUAAGAAGCUUAACUUUUCGAGAGUUUUCUUAACUUUUGAGUUUGAAUUUUUGUUUUGAAUAAUUUUGCAAAAAUUUUCGAAGUCGUGUCCGUUAAAAUCAACAAUUUUUUACAUGAAUUAUAUUUCAUUCCAUACUUUAAAUGGCAGGACGCUUUCAAUUAAUGUCUAGUCUACCCAUUUGCUAUAUUUUCUCGUUUGUUUUACUAAUUUUUGACCAAUUAAUAAGCAUGUUUUUGUUUUAGAAAUUGAUAUUCAAAUUCCCCGCCAUAUUUUCAUAAUUUGGUGCAUGCGCAGACGUUUUUCCGCGGUGUUGGGGGAGCAACCUUUGGAAUGUUGUUAAUAUUUCGCACCUUCCGAACUUUCUUGAAUUGAAUCUCCAGUCUGCAUUCAUUUACAAACAUAGCGAACCGGAAGAGUGUUAAAAAUUCAGUAUAAUAUAUAUCUAAUCAUAUUUUACAACUGCAGCACUGAGUUCAAAAUGUAAACAAAGCGUUUGUUUACAUUACGGACUUUACAUCACCUUUAAAGCAGGGGUGUUGGAAGGGGGGGGCACUUUUUUUAGUUGAGGGGGCCGAAAUGUCUUUGGCCCCCCACUUUUUAACAAUGGUCAAUAAUAAACCACAAAGUUAAUUGAUAUUAUUUCAGUUACGCGUGUAGACAAGACAAUUUGAGAUAUUUUAUGACAUUUUGUUACCUUUAGAACUCUGUAAAUCUCCUUCUAAAGUGCAGGAAAUGACAUUUUACGGACUGUAGCGUGCACCCAGACCCCCAUAGAAUGUAACCCGCCUUCGGAGGGCACUAAGUGUGCCCCCCCCCCCCACUUUUCGAGCCGCUCCGACGCCCCUGUAUUAAAGGAUAAAAUGACAACAACAUUUUUUCAAACAUUCAUCAUAAAAGGUUAAAAGUAAAAAACAGAGCAGUUGUGAUCCAGCUUCACUUUAGAUCGUCGAAAAAGCCGUUCAAUGCCAAUGGCGGUAAAAAGCGGUUAUUUACAUGCAAACAAACUUUUGGCAAAGUUGUCGAGUAUUAAUAUUAUUAAAACUUAUCAAGGUUAUACAUAUUUAUAGUCUUUUUACUAGGAAAAGAGUUAUUUGAGUUUUUCUUUGCAAACAGUCCAUCUUAGCGGGCAUACUGUUAUAGAUCACUGAGUUAGGUUACUGACUUCCAAAUGUUGCAUUUUGCAGAUGUACCGCCUUGACAUAUAUUAAGUUAGUUUUUAAAUUAAAAUUACAUAUAGGCAGAACAAGGUCACGCAGUGGUGAGACAGAAUUCCUGUUCCAAGGUGACAUUGCAAUAAACAAACGUGAUAUUUUGGGAAUUCUUAAUCGUGGUGGAGGAAGGGGAAAACGAGCUGUCAUGAAAAAGCUUGCCACAAAAUUAUGGCAGCCUAACAAGAUAGCUUACGUCAUAAGCAGCGAUUUAAGAAGUAAGUAUAUUUAAGGUUUUUAUCCUGGACCUGGUGACUUGGUAAACUAGAAAAGGAUUGGCACUAAGUAUACAUUUGCAUUGUUUUCACAUAUUUGCGAUCGAUUGUUUAGUACUUCCCAUAGUUAAUAUACAUGGCAGUUAUGUAAAAUUUUAUAUGCAUAUACAUGGCAUUGUAAAAUUUUACACUGCAAAAAAGUGUGACUCAAAAAGGUAAGUAAAAUAAUGCACCCACUGGAGUGACUCAAAAUAUUGAAUAACUCAAAUUUAUGCGCAAAUUUACUAUAAUUGUUUCGAGUAACGUAUAAAUCUAACGUAAAGUAACGUAAAAAGGCAGAUUAUUCAACGAUGUUAGUGAAUUCCUCAUUCAAAUUUUCCAUCUUGAAUUUUGAGUAAAAACUCUCUAAACGUAUCUAUUUUUCUAAUCCUUGACUGGAAAUCACAAUUUUUAUUCACACUUACAGAAGACUGAGUAAGUUCAAAACCAUGACUUUUGUUAAGACUUUUUUUACUUGUAUGGUGACAAAGAAAUGGAUAAAUCAUUUUUUUAUAUGGGGGCCCACUUUUUAUGGCCACAUACCCCCUGUAUAUGCAUGCAUGCAUGCAUGUAAUGUUAAAAGGAGAAAGGUCGGUGCACUUAUGCGAAUAUUUUUAUAAUUUGAAAUGACUCAGAUAUGCAUGUAAAAACUGCUGUCCCUUGACAUAUUAUAUUGCCAAUUCCUAGCCAUAUUAUAUUCUAACAACGAUUGAAAAAAGAUCAAGACCUUUCAUGAUUUCAUCCCGACAUCCGCAGUUUGCAAUCCCGAACAUAAUGCGAUUUGCUUAAAUAAAAUCUCCCUCUCGGUUGUAUCACAUGCAGCCUUAACCAGCAAUUUAUUUGUUUCCAGAGUUUGUACAACAGACCAUUCUUGCAGCAAUAAAACAAUGGGAAGAUACUUUACCAUGCAUGGGAAAUUGGAACGACAUCAAUAAACUGGAUAGUUCUAAAAGACCGCGGGAUUACAUUCGUUUUAUAAAAGGAGAAGGGUAGGUCGAUUAUGGACAUAUAUCUUCCACCAGUCGUACGUUCCACGCUUUUCGUCCAAUAUCUCAAACCAGGAACGGCAUUUUGAAAACAUUUCCCUUUGAGAUAUUAUUUUAUAAUAUUUUACAUAUCGAUAGCAACUCGUAUUGAGUGGAUGUUCUAAACGACUUUGACUCAAUUUUAAAUUUUAAUAUGCAUGCGUAGUAGAAUAAUUAAAUUGUUUUUGAAAAUGCAUAAAAUAAUUCAAGGUAUUCGUAGAUGAGAACUGGUCUUUGCCCCUAAGACGCUAUAUAUUAAAUAUGUCCAUACGUAUUGAGUGGAUGUUCUAAACGACUUUGACUUAAUUUUAAAUUUUAAUAUGCAUACGUAGUAGAAUAAUUAAAUUGUUUUUGAAAAUGCAUAAAAUAACUCAAGGUAUUCGUAGAUGAGAACUGGUCUUUGCCCCUAAGACGCUAUAUUAAAUAUGUAUAGUUGUGUAUUAUACUAUAUAAGCACUAUAUAAGCAAAUAAGCAAUCCAUGCAUGCAAACACACGACGAAAACAUUACGGCGACAUCGAAUACAUUUUUAAAUUCUCAGAUUCUCAGAAAUUUGCGAGUUAAUAUAUUACUAGAAAUAAUGAAAUAUAUAUUAAAUUGCAAGAAUCUCCGCCCGCAUGCAAUUGUAUAUUUAUUUUAAUCGGAAAAAUCUUAAGUUGUGUGAGUAAUUUAUUGGGUGCAUGCAUUACGGCAAAGAUUUUAAAUGAAUGCUUUAAUUGGCAAGAUGGAAUACUGUCUAUUUUUAAUAAAUAAAUAAAUAAAUGGUGUAGCAUGCAUACCUCUUUCACUGGCGUAGUGCGUUGUUUGUGUUUUGCUCCCCUAUUUAGUACUAAGUGCUUUAAAUUACAUGGAUCAGGGUUGUUUUUUGAACUGGGAAUGAAUGUAUUAGGAGAUUUAGCAAACGAUUUGAUCUUGCGCUUUCCUCCAGCUAGAGACGUGACUAGUGUGUUGAGACUAUAGUGUGUUGAGAUGAGAAAAAUCUGGUAAAAUUAAAUAUUGAAGAUAAACCCCAGAAUGUGCCUAGAAAUCUUGAAAACCUAUACAUAUAUUUUUCUGUAGGUGUUACUCGAGAGUAGGUCGUCAAACAGGUCGUCAGGUGAUAUCCAUUGGGACUGGAUGUGAACACGUUGGUGUUGUGAUACACGAAAUUGGUAAGUUAUUAAACCAGUCUGCAGCCAGGUGUAGAAUUCGUAUCAUGAGAACAAUUAGUAUAAUUUGUUAUAUUAUGUAUUAGAAAUGCAUGAUGAUAAGGUGUGAUGAGAACAUUGAGAUAAACCUUUUCUGAGGAAAUUAAACCAAGAGUAAAAGACACUAAUUAUUCAAACAUUUCCAAUAAAAUAUUAACUAACGAAGGGGAUAGAUUACGCUGUUAUAUCUUAUUUGUAAAUAAUCUAUGCUGUAGAGAACAGAUAGAAUCUUUUCUGUUAGCAGCAGACAUGUUUUCGCCGCUGGCUAUAUAAUACGUUCGAGGAUCCAUUUUAACCAGAGUUGACAGUGCAUGAAACCUGAUGUCUAGCGCAAGCGGACCUUUGCAAAUAUGUGCAUUCGCGGUCUCAUUUAUUAUACGUUAACUCUAAUCCCUAACCUGCAUGAUCAGCGGUUUGUUGGGAUAUGUUAACUACACUCAUCUGGUUGCCGUGAACACCAAACUGCUAACCAUAUGAUAUUGAAUCCGACAAUAAUAAUCCGAAUUUAUAGUUGUUUAUAGGUUCUUAUUUGUUUCAGUUUUUUUUAAACACUCGAUGUUUAUAUGUUAUGUUAAUUAUCACCUCGGGUAGUUUAGUUUGUGACAUAUUUCUGCGUGGGAUACUAAUGACUGUACGCCAGCUAGAAUACGUCGCUGAAACUUUGGUGAAUGAACAUUGGAUUAGAAUUUUUCAAAAGUUUGUCUCAUUUUUCAGGCUGUAAUAAACUGAAUGUGAAAAUACACCCUUUCGAUAAUUACACUUACUUUUUGGUCCUGGAGCCUCGCUCUCAUUAGUAAAUUACGCAAGGUGAUUGGCUCACGAUUCAUGAGAGCGAGGCUCCCAGGCCAAAUGACAUAAUUAUCGAAAAAGUGUAUUUUAAAUGCAAGCUUAAUUUGUGCAUGAAUACAUAUAAGGAAUACAUACAAGAUUACAUGGACAUAAUAUGAAUACAAAAUGAGUUUUGCUAUCGAAGGUAUGAAGGUAAUGCAGUCUCCGGGUGACCUCUGUAUAAUUAAUUAUUCGUUACUUAUUGGUGCUACUUUUAUUAAACUUUAGGUCACGCAAUGGGUUUCUGGCAUGAACAAUCCCGCACUGACAGAGAUAACUACGUGGAAAUACACUGGAAUAAUAUCGUACCAGGUAAAUCUAAUAGAGAUCAAUAUGUAUAAAUACACUGAAAUAUAAUAUCGUACCUAGUGAAUGAAAAGCAGGUCAAUAUAUAUGAAAAAGUGCACUAGUGCUAUGUACGAUAAGUGGUGUAGUGUGUCCAGAUACCCGGUUAAUUAAAAAAGGUAUAGUAACACAAUAUGAAAAUAAAAACUGUUUGUCCAAGUGUAAGUAAAAAAUACGAAAAUAUCGUACUGUGCAUGGUAGAUUUUUAAGAACGUAUUGCACAAAACAAACGUAAUUUUACAAACAUAACGACAUAUAUUAAUGUUCAGAGAUUGAAUUAGAGGAAAAUUGUGUAAAUUAAUUGGUAAUUAAUUAUUGUUGAAUUAGGAGAAAAUUGUGUAAAUUAAUUGGUAAUUAAUUAUUGUUAGGGUGCAGAUGUAAUUACCCACUUUUAAAAUGGUAUUUUUAUGUUUACUCUGACAGCAAUGAGAUUCAACUUUGAGAAGUAUACGUCAUCAAAAAUUAAUGAUCUUGGUGUUGGUUAUGAUUACGAGAGUGUGAUGCAUUAUGGGGCGAAGGCUUUCUCCAAAGAUGGUCGAUCGCUCACAAUUACAAUAAAAAAAGGGAAGACGACGAACGGUAUUAAACUGGGACAGAGAUAUGGAUUGAGUGACAUGGAUAAGAAACAAGCUCGACUUCUAUACAACUGCAAUAGUAAGUUAACGUUGAAAGCACUGAAUCCGCAAAGUAUACGGACUUCAUGAUCAAAGUUACGAACAUUUUAAAUAUGAGUAAGAGAAAACUCUCCUAUAGUAGAGCCGUAUUCUUUAAUUUCUUGCCACCUGAUCUAAAAUGAUAAAAACAUGAUGACCCCUUUCUUCAAGCUUAAGCCCGCGUAUUUCGUUUUGCAACUAAAUUACGAAGUUGACCAUUUAGAGAAAUUAGCUGUGCUCGUUGUUUCAAUAUGCUAGGCAUGCAUCUAUGUAAUAUUGGUGUAAAGUAUUAAAAAUGGUGAAAUAUUUAGUAUACUACAUAUAAAGGGCCAUUGGGAAGAAUAUUUUUACCAUGCAGUAACAACGUAGAAAUUUACUCUUUUCAAAUAAAGUCAUGAUUCAUUAAUUCGUUCAUUCAUUCCGGCAUUCAUUCGUUGAUGCAUUCAUUCAAUACAGUAAGAACAACUUACUUUACGGCAAUUCAAUUAUAUCUUAAAUUGAAUUUUUUGCAUAUCAAAUACUACAUUCAUCGACACCAUCUUGUUAAUUAGAGGGGACUAAAAGGCUAAUAAAUAAGUUUGACUAAAGUUAAAUUUAAUUUGCCGGCGCUCUAUAUUCUAUAACAAAGUCAGCGACGUCAAACGAUUCGAAUCUAUCCUGUCUUUUGUGUAAUAUGUGUGCAAAUCAAUCUUUCCUGUAUAUGCAUAAUUGUAGAGAUACUGUAUAUAUAUAUAUGGCAGGCUUUACAAGCCGCCAUGAACUUUAACGUGAUGUGCAUACAUGAUAUGUUGAGAAACAAAUUACUCUCAUUGAUGGACAUUUUUUGUAAAUAAUUGACACUGCUGUUGUUUGAAAAAUUGGAGAUACAUAUAGGGAACCAAUUGUAGCCUAUAAUUCCUGUCAUUCCAUAAAAUCAUUCCGUUACGUACUGUAACGCUUAACUGGAGCCAUGAUAAUUUAUACCCGUCCCAGAAUGUCCUAAAUUGAGCAUAUUUAGUCUCCAAAUAGAUCUUGUUAAUCAAUAUACGAAACGUCUCAUGCAUGGAGUGUCAAAUUGAUAUUUUGUCUAAUGGAUAAAAAGUACUAUAUAUCCACUGAACAAUGAAUAUUUUGCAGAUAAUAAAGCACACAAUUCAUGAUCACGGCCAGCAUGAGCUCGAAUGAGUAAAGGCGUUUAUUUAUUUCAGAGACGUUUGAGUUUGCGGGGCUUAUUGGAGAGGAGCGAGCUUCAUACAAAAGGAAGCUUAUUGAUUUAAUUAUCAUAGUAUAAAAACGACGGUAAACUAUAACGUAAGCUUUCAUUCUAAGUAAUAAAUCUAAUCAGUAAACAUGUAAAUUGCCUUUUUUCAAGAAGAAGAAAGGCUAAUAUAAAGAGGGUGGGGCUUAACAAAUUCCUCCUUUUUUUGAAAAGGAGAGCUAAUUUUAGGUUGAGGAUUUUAAUAGAGAAUGAUAUGCAAUGAUGUCGGAAUGAUCGAUCUAACGACACUUCUGUAUUUAUCAUUUUAUUUUGUAGCCAAAACAACAUGUCGAUCUCUUCCUUGUUUAAAUGGUGGGGUAUGCGCGGACAAUAGGGGUACAUAUAGUUGCAGAUGUACAUCUGGGUACACUGGAGUGAGAUGUGCCAGUAAGUUCCAAUCUGCGAUUGAACGCAGGUUUGAUUUGUUAUACAAGGUUUAAUUUUUCAACAUAUAUAGGCAUAAUUUUAUAUAUGACGAUCAUUAUGUUUCAGAGAUAACAAAACUAUACAAGUUUGUUACAGUAAUUAUCAAUUUGGCGGGUUCAUGCUUUGAUUAAAAAAUUGAUAUGUUUCCAAUGAAUAAUGGCAUGCAUUAUGUUAUUAAUAGUUUUAAUCACGUCGUAAAUUAGAAAAAGCACCGUAUGUCUGAAUCAUGUAUUUCCAACUCAUUAAAACUUCAUGAGCCAAACUAAGAAGGAAAUCAACAGCAUAUUGACGUCUGUGAAUCAGAGAAAUGAAUAGCAUUGAUUAAGUCUAUAAACGUCUUGAUUAAAAAGCGUUUGGAUUAAUUUUAAUAAAAAGUGCGGUGUGAAAGCGCUUAUUGAUAUCUACGUUCACCAUAGAUAUAACCACACUUACCAAAUUGGAAGGUUAGGUGCAAGCUUCUGACCGAGGUGGUCUAGAAACUAGCGGUGGUACUUACGGAUCACGCAUGGUUCACUAGCUAUUAACUUUGGUUAAUAUAUAAUUGAUGGGCAUUGUAGAAGGAAAUUGGCGAGUGGAAAUUUAUAUACACUUAGUAGACCUAACCAGGAACAGAAGCGAAAAAAUGCAACUUUAGAUCCCUGGCAGGAAUUGAACCUGCGACCCUGCGAUUCCGGUGCAGCGCUCUGACGACCAACUGGGCGUCUUCGUUUAGUCUAUAAUGUUAGAACAAUAUAGGGCCUUCGCUGGAAAUCUCGAAAAAGUUUUGCAUGAGAUUUCCAGAUUGGAAUUAUCCGUUCUUUGAUAGUGGGCAAAUAACUGACAGAAGCGUUAUAUACUUUUCCUUCAAAACAACAGCUGAAGUUUGCGUUGAUAAAGAUCGACAGUGCGAUGGAUGGGGCAAAGCUGGCUACUGCAGUCCUGAAAAUGGAUAUGCAGAUUUUAUGAAGAAAAGAUGUUGUGCAACUUGCCGCAAACACACCACUGG